GCAGGUUUGCAUUGUGGAAUGUGAAGGGAAGAUUUAUUCGAGUACAAUGUGGGCGGCCUGUAAAACAGUCUUAAUUAAGUCUUCGAUACAACUCAGCCUCAACAGCUUUGAGGAAGAUUUUAAACCUUUCAACAUGGACGACAGCCAGUUUGCAACUAAUUUUAAAAGGCUAGGUGAUCUCACUAAAGUGGUUGACCUCAGUAACAUCAAUGAUGAGAAGAGGAUGUCCAAGAUAAGCAACCUUAUUCGUGAACAAGGAGAGGAAGACACCACGAUUGAUGGAGGAGAGACAACACUUGGAAUGACCAAUGAGCCAGAUGAAUUUGGAGACUUUCAGAACCCUUCGAGUGCUAUGUCCAAAAGAUUUGGAGGCUUUGUAAAAGGGAAAUACAGUUACCGGAAAUUUAUGGGUCCUUCGAAGGAUCUCCAAAAACGCUAUGGGGGUUUCAUUGGUGUUAGGAAAUCGGCCAGGAAAUGGAACAAUCAGAAGAGGUUUAGUGAAUUUCUAAGGCAGUACCUGGGGAUGUCUACACGCUCUGCUGAAUAUGACAGCUACACCAAUGACAUGAACGAACUGAAUGAGCAGAACGAAAUUUAAGACUCUGGUUCAUCAAGGCACAUAGUUAUUUGAUUUAUAACUAACAAGGUAGAAAGUCAACCUACACCUCAGAGUAUGAUUUAGGAUUUUUUACCCCAGAAUCUCCAGGGAAAAUAUAUGUCAUGGCUAGGGGAUGUUCUUCUAACUUCCUAAAUCAUGAAUUGUGAAACACAUGUAGGUAAUGCUCUGGGGACUCUUUUUGCAGAUAGAAAAAGAAAGAGCAGAGACACACAAAAAAGAGAAACAGAAUAAUCAUAGCUUCUUAAAGUUACUUGUGGAACAAGAUAAAGCAUUUAUUUUAUUUUAUUUACUUGUGUCUUAAUUAUGUAAAUAUAUUGCAUGCAGUAUGGUUGGUUUACAAACGUCACAUAGUUGGCGCACAAUAUGCAGUUUUAAUUGGGCUUCUUAAUUAAAAAUUAUCUUUUAACAUCAUAAACUUCACAGCAAAUUCUCUUUGUGGAUGGUUAUUAACCCGAGUGAAAUAAGAAUUGUAAUUGUCAGCUCUUCUGAGCAUCUUGCUAUUUCAAAGAUCCCCAAGGAAGUUAUAAACAAGAAAGCCGGUGAGAUUGCACUAUUGGUUAUUGAUCCAAUAGAACUUGUUUAAAGUUCUGCUCUCAACCACAUAAACACUAGCUUUAUUCUUUCCAAGGUUAAUAAAAUAAAUAUCACAUAAUUUGGAUAUUCUUUGCCCCAUGUCAGAAUUUAAAACACGUGAAUGUCUCAAUAUAAACUGCCUGGCAAAACACUUUUUCCUUAAAAAAUAAAUUGUAUUAGUCUGUUUGGCAGUGAUAUUUUGUAGCCACGGUUGAGUCCAUUCCCCCAUACUGAAGAAGUAAUGGAAGUGGUUUAUUUCAACUGUAAAGUUUUGGAAUGGAUUCUGUUUCCAAAGAUAAAUCUCAUUCUGGCAACUAAAUCCCAAUCUGUGUAAGAAAGCUUCAUCUCUGAAUGUAGUAUCUAGCUCGAGGAGAUAUUUGUGCCCUGAACCCACGUGACAUUGAAGGGCUCUUUGAUGAAUACAAUGAUCGCUUUGCUCCGUAUUAAAUCUCAUAUUAACAUAUAUUUACCAGAGCUUCAUAUACUUACUAUGAAUUAUCAGGGUCCUGAUAAUUAAACCAAUAGUUGUAACACCCAGUCCACCACCUGGACUGUCAGUUCUAAAGGUAAGUUGGAGAAACGGACACGGGACAUGGUCAGCAGUCCAGCUCCAGAAAACCAAGUGUAACAUUCCACUAAAACCCUCUAGUACAGUGGUUACCAAACCAGCCCUCAUGGCCCACCAACAGUCCAUGUUUGUCAGUAUCUCCAUUGGCAUAAACAUGGGAAAUACAUAAAUCCUGUAUUGUUAAUAGGUCCUCAGGACUGGUUUGGGGAGGACUGCUCACUAGAAUGUACUAACAUUCAGAGACUAAUGAUUGGUCGAGGGAUUCUUAGAAUCUCCAUGACCCUUAGAAAACAUGAAAGCAGAAAAGAUCUCUACAAAUGCUGAAACAUUUAAAUGGAUAUUUUUUUUAUUCACCUCUAACCUUGAAGUGUUCACUUUAAG